GCUGCGGAAGGAUGGCGCUGGCUGAGUGCAGCUUUUCAGAGGACCAGUUCCGGGAGGCCAUCGCUGAGCUCCAAGAGCCCUCCCUGGCCGGGGCCGACUGGCAGCUGCUGGUGGACGCCUCGGGCAUCACCAUCUACCGGCUGUUGGACCAGCCCUCUGGUCUUUUUAAGUAUAAGGUCUUUGGUGUUCUGGAAGACUGCUGCCCAGCUCUCCUUGCAGAUGUCUAUAUGGACUUAGACUACAGGAAAGAGUGGGACCAGUAUGUUAAAGAGCUCUAUGAAAAGGAAUGCGAUGGAAAGACAGUGGUGUACUGGGAAGUCAAGUACCCCUUCCCCAUGUCCAACAGAGAUUAUGUCUUCAUCCGGCAGCAGCGAGAAAUGGAGGUGGAAGGACGGAAGAUCCAUGUGGUCCUGGCUCAGAGUACCUCUGUGCCUCAGUUUCCUGAGAAGUCGGGUGUGAUCCGAGUGAAGCAGUACAAGCAGAGCCUGGCCAUUGAGAGCGAUGGCAAGAAAGGGAGCAAAGUUUUCAUGUAUUACUUCGAUAACCCGGGUGGCCACAUUCCGUCCUGGCUCAUUAACUGGGCGGCCAAGAAUGGAGUUCCAAAUUUCUUAAACGACACAGCAAAAGCUUGUCAGAACUACCUCAAGAAAUCAUAAGAAAGACUCGUCGGAACUCUUGCAUCUUUGGAAGUAUCACCAUCCACUGAUGCUCAGCCUUCCUCCCAUUUCUGUCGUCAGAGAAGUGCACUUCCUUUAGCACAUAUCCCAAAGCACAUCUGCCUGAUGUCUGGCUCACUGGCUUCCUUCCUCUUUUUACUGCCCUGGCUGGUGGGGUUGCUUUCUUCCACCAUUGAAUGCGGGACAGGAAAACCUCUGCUUGCCUAUUUUACAUAGGAUUACUCCAUAGGUUACAGAAGCACCCAUGGUAGGUGGAGGAAGGAAAACAAAAUGUAAAGGCAGCCAUUCUCAGCCAGGUUGGAACUUUCCAGAAUGUGCUUUCUUGUAAUUCAGGAGGGACUGCUGACAGCUGUCCCUCUAUUCAGAGCUGACCUUGUGUGCGUGUGUGUGUGUGUGUGUGUGUGUGAACAUUGGAGACAUUGGCUGAUGCCCAUUUGCCUUUUGCUUUGCUGACUUAAAUUGGCUGGGGUUUAAGGUAGGAAUCCAGAAAGUCUUGACCUGGUCCUAUUUGAAGGAUUAGUAGCUGCUAUGACAUUGGACCAUUGUGUGAAGCACUUUAGGCCUGACUGAGCAUGUGAUAGGAUAACCACCCCAUCCCACCCCACCUCUGUCCAUAUC